CCCACUGAAAGGGCUCGGUCUUUGUCAGAUCGCUAUAGGCAAGGGAGGUUAGGGAAAAUCUUUGUGGUUCCACAUAACUCAGGUGCUCGUUGGAUGUUGACGGUUGUGAACCCAAAUGAAGAAGUCGUGCACUUCAUGGAUCCACUUAAAAGGCGACUCGAUACUGGGGAAUGGAAAUCUAUUGUCAACAACUCCAUUAAAAUCUAUAAUGCUCACAAGAAUCGGAAACGAAGGAAAGUAAUUCAAUGGAAGAAUCUUGCUGGUAUUCCGGAGCAAAAAAAUGACAAGACUUGUGGAUAUUUCAUUAUGCGUUACAUGAAAGAAAUUGUGGAGGACAAGAACUUGGAUUUUAGUGUUAAGUGGGGAACGAGGUCAAAUUUGGUUUACACAGACAAGGAUAUUGAUGAGAUCCGAGCGGAAUGGGCUAAGCAUGUUUUGAAGUUCCCAGAAAAUUAAGUAUCAGCCUAUAUAUCUGCUUUUGUUUCUGGUAGCUUGAUAACUUGCAGUAGUAGUGUCUAGGAACUGCUUUUGUGCAUUUUGACAGAACUGAUGGAAAGUGUUGAACAAUAUAAUGCAUGCAGUUGCUGUAACUACUAU